AUGAAUAUAAAUAAUAAUAUAAAAAAUAACAAACUUGUCUUGGGUUGAAUUGAAACGCUGUAUUUUGUAUACAAACGCUGCGCCGAGUUCGCAGCAUUUUCCUGGGUUGAGCAAUGGCCGGAAAACAAGUCAGCGGCGAGGUUUUACCGGUGAACCUCGCCGGAAUGUCAAAGAAUCAGCUUUACGACAUCAUGUCUCAGAUGAAGAAUCUGAUCGAACAGAACCAGCAACAAGCAAGACAGAUCCUCAUUCAAAACCCUAUGUUGACCAAAUCACUUUUUCAGGCACAAAUCAUGCUUGGAAUGGUGCAGUCGCCACAAGCGGUUCCGAAAGUUCAACCAGUGGUUUCGCAGAAUAGUCAGCAGACAAUACAGCCAACACAACAGCCAAGCGUUCAGCCUGCUCCAUUAUUGCCUGGGCAGGGUGGCGCACAGGAUCAAGCAGGUGUGUCUCACACUCAUAUUCCUCCAAGGAAACACCAAAACCAGCCUUCAGUUCCAGUCUCGUAUGCUACUAUUCCUGCAACGAGUCAUCAGUCUCAGCCCAUGGCUGCACAUUCUAUGCAGAUGCCACAACAGCCCAAAGGACACCUGACUCCGCAAGUGGCUCCGGCAGCUGUUCCACAAUCAUCACAACUUCCAAAGAUACCUCCACCCUCUGUUCAUUCAUCUUCACAGCCACAUCAUCCAACACAACUGCCAUCUGCCUCUAGUCAGCAACCAUUGCAGACACCUGGAUUUUCACAUAUGCCUAUGCAACCACCACUGCCACCACAGCUCAGACCACCUUCAGUGCAAACCUUCCACCCUCAGUAUCCCCCACAAAUGGGUGCAAACUUAGGUUUUCAACAUGCUGGUGGUGCUUCUCACAAUCAUCCACAACCCAUGUAUCAUCCUGGUACAAAACCUCCUUCUAAUGUUGGAUCUGCAUUCCCACUGGGGCAGACACCACUACAAAAUCAACAAUCAUCUCAGUCACCCUAUCAGGUUGGAAAUAUGCCUUUCGGGUCUGAUUUUGGCAGUCAAGCUGGAAAUGCAAUGCAAAUUGAUAGAGGGUCUUCUUGGAUGCCUGGUCCUUCAGAAAACCUAGCACAGCAUUCUGGUCCUCCGGGACCACCGUCUAUGGUUUCUGGUCAGAUGGGUGCUGCUAAUCAGUCUCUUCGGCCUCCUGCGUUGACCCCAGAUAUGGAGAAGGCAUUGCUUCAGCAGGUCAUGAGUCUCACCCCGGAGCAGAUAAAUCUUCUUCCCCCGGAACAAAGAAAUCAAGUGUUGCAACUGCAGCUGAUGUUGCGUAAAUGACGCAAUGCGAAAACACACUGGAAGUCCCAAUCUUCUUAAUAUAGCAUAGAUUCUUCUAUUAUCAAUGUUCGAAGUGGUUGUUCGCGAUGAGGUUUUGUAGGUGAUACAAAAAUUGUGUAACAAAUUAUAACUAAAUUAUUUUCUGGAUGUUGUCAUUUAAAAAAAAAUGUAGAUUAGAGGUAGGACACCUUCGUACAAGGUCAAGUAUAAACACCAAUCUCAUUGAAGAUUUUUAACAGAAUUUAGCCAUAUACCAAAAA